CAUUGACAUAGAAAAUAAGGACAUCCAGGGAAUGUUUAUUUUGAUUUGUUUUGUUAUCUAAUAAUUGGAUAUUUAAUGAAUAAUAUUACUUCUGUUGUAACAUUUAAAUGAUUACUCAAUGAAUUGAUCCAAAAUAAUUAGGUGCUGGCAGAUUAGUGUUUGAAGCUUCGUCCUCCAAAAUGUCUGGGACACCAUUCAUUUUAUGCCUUCCUGACGUUGCAUUGGAGAGUAUUUUUUCUUUUAUGAGUUACGAUGAGAUUGCCAGAAACAGAAUUGUAAGUAAAACCAAACCAUUUCAUUUCCAAAUUUUAUCCCUAACCUUAGGGUUGUUAUGACGUUUCCUUAUCCCGUUAUCUGUCAUUAGUGUCAAUUAUAAUUUAGCGGGAAUUAGUUUACUUGAUAAAAGUGUUCGUGGUAACAACAAAUGAUGGAAAACUCGGAAAAUUCUGAUCCCUUGGAAUCCUUAUUAGCCGCUUUCGAUAACGAUGCAAUCCCUAAAACGAAUAAACUAAAAGAAACCAAUUUAUUUGAACACGAAACUAAUCAGCCAAAGCCUACUGCAACAUCUACGAAAAACAGUCUCAUUCACUCGGGAGACACGGACUCAUCAGACGACGAAGACAGCAGGAAUUGGGAAGACUCUAAAUACUCCCAACACGGUAGAGACAUUAAAAAAUUACUGGAACAAAAUAAUACCAGCAAUACAAAUAAUGUAGAAACUAAGAGAGUAUCUAACUGGAAAAAACCAAUAUCUACUAAUCCCAUACCGAAAGUAAUUAAACCACCAGAAACUCAAGUGAAACACGACGUAUUUACCGACCCAAUAUUCGGCUUGCGCAUUAUUAAACCCCUCAUAUCAUCAGCCACAUUGAAAGAGAGAAUGAUCGGCCGAGAUUCCGUUAAUUUCUACGGCUUAAGCAAAUACAUACAAACCAAAUCUAGGGACAAAGAUUGGGUUAUCGCAGGCGUAAUUGUUAAUAAAACUGUACCUAAAGUAUCCCAGAAAGGCAACAAAUUCAGCAUGUGGACCUUAAGUGAUCUCAAGGACGAUAUCAAAACCAUAUGCAUGUAUUUGUUUAGCGGAGCAAACGAACAGUUAUGGAAGACUUCCGUAGGCACCGUAGUGGGUAUACUUAAUCCCGAUGUGUUGGAGAAUAAAAGCAAAUACGAUGUUGCAUCUUUGAGCGUGAACAACGCGCAAAAAGUGAUGAUCUUCGGCCAGUCCAAGGACUUCGGGACGUGCAAAAGCACGAAGAAAAACGGCGAAAAAUGCACGGCGAUCGUUAACAAAAGUAAAUGCGAAUAUUGCAUCUAUCACAUCAAACAAGAAUACCAAAAAUGCUCCAUACGAUCGGACAUACAAUCGUCCUUCGGCGGCCGAGGCCUGACCGCUCUACGCAACAAAGUUUUAGGCAAAAACGAGGUUUUCUACGCGGGGAAAUCCUACACCGCCGUCCCGGCUAAAAAGAGCAAGAAACUAGAAGCCAAGGAUAACAUGCGAUUGACCAGUUUGCUCGAAAGAAACCCCGUUUUGGAAACUAAAAUAAAAACCGCGAAGAAAAAGGCCGCGCCUCGAUUAGAAGUCUCCGCAGCCCAACGACUGAGAGACAUACAAUUACUAGAAAAACUAAGAGAGCCCUCAGACUUGCCCGCUAAAACCAAAUUCGAUGGAGUACAAUCCGCAGAAGUCACCGUCGAAGACGCCAAAAACCUCGCCACAUCCGUCCUAAACAAACUAAAAGCCAAACAACAAUCCAACAAUCCCUCUAACACUCAAACCGAACCAACAAAAUUAACUCAUUUAACCGACCACGUCCCGAAACUCUCCGGCUUCGACACAGGCGUAGUGGAUUUGAGCAAACCGAUCGCACGGAGAACCGACAGAGCCAAAGAAAAGGCCAUUCGACUCGUCCAAAAAUCGGGCCCCAUCAAGAAAGUAGACCCCAACAGCACCCGAGGCAGCGGCGUGAAGCGACCCAUAGCCGAACCUGAACUUCAUCCGGAACCCAAAAAACCCAAAACCGACUCGACCAGCUUCCAAUCCGAGCGCUUCAAGAAGAUAAUGGCCGCCGCCUCCAACCACCAGGACCUCGUCGAAUCCCGCGACGAGGAGGAGAAGGAGAAGUACUUCAAGAAGCUGGAGAUGAAGGAGAACAUGGAGGAGAAGAUGAUCAACACGCACAAAGUGGCCUGCAAGGCGGUGAAAUGUUUGCAGUGCAAAUACGUCAGUUUCUCCGCAUCGGACCGGUGCAAAACCGAACGGCAUAAUCUCAAAGUUUUCGAUGCCGUGAAGAGAUUCUACAAAUGCGGACAUUGCCAAAACAGGACCGUUUGCUUGGAAAUCGUACCGUUGAAAGCUUGCAGCAAUUGCGGCACCGCCGAGUGGAUAAAAACCGGAAUGAUGAAGGAAAAAUUGAUAACCUCCUCUCACAAUCUAUCGAUUCGCGGAGGCGAACAGAAAAACGUCAACUCCGAUAUUAUAGGCGCCAAUUUGGACUUGUUAGUGUGCAAGAGAUUCAACGAGGUGGGCAAAACGAUGCUAUCGAGGGGUUUCGUGCAGCUGGAGAAACGCCACGCGAAGCUCUACAAGCAAGUGAAGCUGUUCCUGCCGCGCAGGGAAUCCGAGAGGAAGUCCCAUCACCUGGCCAGGCACUUCGACAUCCUGCAGGCGGUCGAGACGCGGAUCAGCAUGCUGAACAUGACCUACGUGAAGUUCAUGGAGAGCAACCUGCUGUGCUUCAUACCGGGAAAGGUGCUCGAUGAGAUAAAGAACGUGUUGAAUCUGGUGCAGAGCGCCGAUUCGCCGCCGAGGACGCACCAGGUGCUCCAGGAACUGAGAGAUCUGAGCAGCAUGGCUAUGGAGCAUUUCGACGAGCAAAUACUACCGAAGGUUAAAGAACGAGUCGACAAACGAUCGGCGUUUUCGUACGGUUCGGUGGCUUCGGGGACGAAUUCUUCGAGACUGGUAAUAUCCCACCAAUCGCUUUCCAACGAAAUACACAAAGUGAAGAAGCAGAGCAAAACCCAGAAACAUCACAUUUCGUUUCUAACGCAAACCACCCAAAAGUUAUUCCAAAAGCACCGCAAGCAAAACAUGCGCGUGAAGGCCCAGGCGGCGAAGAUCCGCGAGCAGGACAAAAAGAUCCGCGAACAGGACAGAAAAAUCCAAGAGCAGAGCGCCAAGAUCCAGGACCAGGAAGCCACAUUGGCCGACAUCAAGCGGCAUUUGGACGAAUGGGACCAGAAGUACAAGGAGCGCUCCUCCGCCGAGCACUUCGCCGACUUCAAGAAGCACAUCGAGGAGUGGGACGAGAAGUACAAGGACUUCACCGCCGAAUUCGAGCGGGCCAGGGACGAGCUGCUGGCUUCGGUGAGCUACAAGCCGACGGCGAGGCCCCGCCAGGUCGUCGAGGCCGAGCCGGAGCGCAAGCGAAAGUCGAACGUGGCGGUGGAGGUGCCGGUGAAGAGGAGCAAAGCGGUGGAGGCGGUCGGGGACGGGGAGAAUGCGGCGGACGUGCGGAAGGGCGGGGGCGGAUCGGAUCACGGGGAGGCCGGGACAGUCGAGAAGGAGUUGAAAUCGUUGAUUGAGACUGUUUUGAAUCAGCCUGUAGGGUGCGCGAAGAAUCGGAAGCGGAAGAUGGCGGAAGAUAUCGAUUUGAAGUGAUGUUUAUUUUAUUAGAUUUCUUUUUUUUGUUGGUUUGAAUGUUAAUUUAUUUUAUUUUUUGUUGUACUGGCAUCUCAGAUUUAUUUAUUACAACUACAAAUUAUUUUAUCGUAUGUGUAAUGCCUAUCUAAAUAUGUAUCGGAUAUAAGUUACUUUUUUUUCCUCUCACUGUAAGUACUUUUAGCAAUAUACAUAGUGGUAAAAUUAAUAGAUAUAACGCAAUGUAUGCCUGAUUGUACACUCACUGGAGCAGUGUAUUAUUUUCUAUUUCUAUUUUGUACAUUAUAUUAAUCUAACUCGAAAUUUAUGUAUUAAAUUACACAAUAAAAACGUUGACAAUUUGGAAUUUCCGUAUUUUAAAGAAACGCCGAGUACAUUAAAAUAAUAUUUUUAUUUUCUAAAAUUGCUGAACAACCUAGAUUUAAAUGUUAAAUAACUAUUAUACAAAUGUACUGUGAGAAAAUUGCAUCCAUACAAAGAAACUUCGAAAAUAUGUAAAUUAAAACAUCCUAAACACGGGAACCUCAAAAAAAAUCACCAAUUGUAUUAUAAUAAGUAAAGAAUUAUUUCAUUUAAAUUUCUUAGAACGUUACAUUUUCUCAUCGUUACUACUUACACUAAUUUAAAAACUUUUUUUAUGAAGAAUGCAAACACGUUCGUUCAUUAUUACACAUUCGACGAACUAUUUACAUCGAAUCGAAACAAUAUUGAACAAACCGAUUAACACAUUCCCAGCUUAACUAUCGUACACGCGAAAUCGUCUCUCACAUAUCGACAUUUCGCGCGAAAACUUUUUCAAAAACCCGGCCCGAAUUCCACAGAACAUCACACCGUUCUGCGGAACGUCUGCAAGUUGCGAGGAAGCACGAUCUCGGGAUUUGUUACUUUAUGUACAGGCUGCAUGAUCAGCUCGUAAAUUCAACAGAGAAUUCAUCUCUUCAACAAGUUUUACUCUAUAAAAGAACACAAAGAAAUUGACAGCUCGAACGUCGCGUUAACUAGUUUAAUUGCAAAUUUACUUCUCUUAGAAUGUAUUAAGACAACAAGUGACGAUUAGUUAAGUUGUUAAAGGAAUAAAUAAGUGAGGUACGUAUGGGAAAUAAUUAUUUUUUGUUUUAAACGAAUGAAAUGUUAAGUAAUAAGCUAGGAUCGUUUUGAAAACCUUGGCAGUUGAUUUUAGUUUUUUUUAGCUCUUGUCGCAACGUAUCCUUUUACUAAUCCCUUCUGAUGAAAGUUCUCCCGCUACAAAAAAAAAAUAUAUAAUUAAUUCGUUGGAGAUAAUCGGUAGUAAAGGAGUACCUCAUAGUCUUUUUAUCGGUGCUCUUGUUUUCGGGUCGAGCCCUAUUUAAAACCUUAAGGAAAUCAGAGGUCUUUGCGCGCAUCCUACUGUGAAUAUAGGCCUUAGAACACUUAAUAUGAUAGUGCAAGUAGUGUCUGAACAUGUGGAUUAAGUUGAUAGUAUUAUCUCGAGUACUUCUCGACGUGUGACGAGGAAAUAACACAAACGUUACAUAACCUAAAACAACAAAUCGUCAAAACAAUCACGAGUACAUUCGUCGAAUAUCCCUCGAACGUACCAACAUUAUUGUCCACUCGUGCAUCGGUGUUUUGUAAUUCGAGAGGGGGCUCCUUGUGGCUGAACAACACGGGCGGAGCCGUAUGGGAAGCUCUCAGGCCUUCUUUGAGUUCCUGCAUGAAUACUUUCCCGAUAACCACGUCGUCUUCGUCGCGGAAUCGAGUAGAAAAUACGACAGUCACUCUGUCGGAUUUCGCCUCGACGUACCUACAAAACAUUAAAGGCUUCUAAAUAAUCUGCACUGACAAGUCACGAUUACUUAUCGACGAAGCAUUUCAGCUAUUUAUUAAAGGUAUUUUUAUCGGUAAUUAUCGGAAUGCUUGGGAUAUACGUACAGUGUUUCAUCAUCACGGUAAUGAAUCACAGCCCUUUUGUGUUUGCCCUCGCCUCUCUCUUGGAAAUCGAAGUAUUUCUCGAACACCGAGGCGAAGCAAUUCCUCUUCAACAGACCCAGUUUCUUGACGAAAACCUGCCAAUCGGCCGGAAUGUUUUCUAAAUCUAAUAAAAUGGAAACGUUGUAGCCCGUCUCGGGCUGCACUAAAUGGGGCCCGUAUUCCCGUUUCAGUAAUUCGUCGGCGCCGUGUUCUUGCAGUUGCUUGUAGAACUUUAACGAUAU